AUGUCGAUCAUCUUCAUCUGCAUUAACACCAUUAUGUUUGUCACGCUGUGGAGCAAGCCUGUGUUCACAGAGACCUCUCGCUACAUCCUCUUUGCUCACAUUCUCUGUAAUGACUCCAUCCAGCUGCUCUUCUCUUUAAUAAUUGCCAUCAUCACCCCAUACAGGCUAGUUAAAGCCGUUUGCUCCGUUUUAAUCUUAGUCACUGACUCUACUUCCAGAAUCGCGCCACUUAACCUGGCCGUGAUGUCACUGGAGCGCUACGUUGCCAUUUGCUUUCCUCUGCGUCACGGUGAAUUUGCCACCGUUAAGAAAACCUACGUGGCCAUUGCUGCUCUUUGGGUCUUUGGGCUGGUGAACCCUGUGAUUGAUUCACUUUACACCUGUGUGACUGACCCUAUAUUCUUCACUGGGCAGGUGUUAUGUGGUAUUGAUGGCUUGUUCAUCACAGCACCAUGGCAGGAGUUGCUCUACCAGUGUCUCAAUGGCCUCUAUUACGUGGCUACAACACUUACCAUCAUCUACAGCUAUGUUUGCGUCAUGAUUGUGGCUCGGUCUGUCUCCAGUGAUGAGAAUUCUGCUAGGAAGGCGCACAGGACGCUUCUGCUGCACCUGAUUCAGCUGGGCCUGUGCCUGAACACCCUGCUCUUUGGCAACAUAGUUAGCUCCCUCACUCUGACCCUGUGCUAUGACUUAUACCAUGGCAUGCGCUACACCGUCUUCCUGCUGGUGGUCUUGCUGCCUAAGUGUCUGAGCCCCCUCAUAUACGGCCUGAGAGACGAGACGCUUCGCUUCUUGUUCCUUCACCAUUUAAAAUGUGGUUUGCGUAGAACGAAGGUGACCAUGCAUAUUCACUCCCUGCAUUAG